GACGAAGCGACGAAGUUCCGUGAGUCACGACGACCACGGCCCGUGUCGAAGGAAGAUAAUCAAGGAACGUCGAACAAAAUCCAUCCGAAUUCGAGAUACCGAAUCGAAACCGAACGAUCAGCUACCCUUACCACGGACGGAGCGGCCCAAUUUCGCAGGCGACUCCCACUCAACUCGCACCUUGACAAAUACAUCCACAUCCACGCACACACAAUGUUCGGAGCCUUCCGCAUGACCUCGCCCCUCUCGGGCGGUCUCCUCUGGAAGAUCCCCUGGCGGCUCUCCAAGUUCCAGAAGCGCCGCCACCGCGAGCGCCUCCGCGCCGUUGACGACGUGAUCGCCACGGUGGACGCCGCGCUGACGAAGAAGGGCGAGACGGUCGCGGCGCUGGAGCGGUGGAAGGCCGAGAUGCCCACCGAGGCCGAGAUGCUGCCGCGGGACAAGUAUACCAUGUUUGACCGCAAGGAGAAGAAGUACCGCAAGGGCAUUCACAAACUUCCCAAGUGGACGAGAGUUUCGCAGAGAUUGAACCCGCCGGGUUACUAA